CUCUAGUGGAACUUAGAAGAAUCUUCAUACUGUGACGAAAGAGACAGCAAUAGAAAAGUAGAAAAACGUCUAGUGGAAGGACGUAUGAUCGUUUAUAAUUAUGUGAAGUUUAAAUUCGUGAAUGUAAUAUUUGUUCCGCCUAAUACACGGACGGAUUAGAACGAAAUUGCUACGUGAAAGUGUUACAUAUUCGAGUAUAUCUUAUUGUGUUGUGGACUGGUUAUUGUAUAGGUUAUAAUAAUAAUAGGCAUGUAAAAUGUCAUAGAUAUAACAAUUGUAAAAGAAGAGUGGCUAAUAAAUUAUUCUCCUGUUAUUUCCAAUAAAUACGGAAGUAAGACAGCCGAAGAUAAUUAGAUAAGUUUCGAUGACUAACUACUGGUGGCUAAGGUGGAUAUUGCAGCGAAGAUAAGAUCUUUGCGAAUCGUGCAACUCUUUAAUUGCAGAAGUAAUUACUGCAUACCAUUCAGUGCAAUAACGAUGACGACCUUAGACUCACAGACCGAUAAAACUUUAAGCAAUCUUGAUAAGCUUUCUAACACGGAGCUAGCUGAAAUUCCAUCCGAUCAUGGACUUCCUGUUGGAAUAAGCCCGUUGGAAUCUCGGGUAGCCGGACAUCCGUCGUUAGACAUCGAACGGCAGACGAUUGGCAUGUUACGUAGAUCAGACGGCCGUGUAUAUAAACCUGUUGUUAAACCGUUACUUGGGAAAAGAGAAAUCUCGUUUUAUGAAAAUUUACAAAUAUCUCAAGAUCCUGUUAUGUUACAAUUGAAAAAUUAUGUUCCAAGAUAUUACGGCACAACAGAGUUGCAAAUUUUUGGCAGACGAGUAACAUUCCUUACGCUGAAAGAUAUUACCGAUGGUAUGGCGGAACCGUGCGUGAUGGAUAUAAAAAUAGGUAGACGAACGUGGGACCCUUUAGCCACGCCAGAGAAAAAAGCAACGGAAGAAUUAAAAUACGCCGAAUCUAAACGCACUUAUGGAUUCUGUAUAACCGGCUUUCAAGUAUAUUGUGUUUCUUCCGGCCAAUUAAAACAAUUUGGCAAACAUUACGGCAAGACUCUCGAUGCUAAAGGUGUCGUGGAAGCGCUGAAAAUCUUCCUGAAUAUAAGUCCAGAAAGACCGCCCUGUCGUCAAUUGAUCGUGAUGCUGCUCUCUUUCUUGUGGAAGAUCUUACUAUUCUUUCGUAUCCAGCGGUUGUUCCGCUUUUAUUCUAGUUCUUUGUUGGUGGCAUAUGACGCGAAAAGAUUGCGGCAUUAUCUCCGCCUAAAUAACAUGAAUAAAUUACCCAGCCACGUAUCCACGUCAUUUUCCUCCACAAAUAACCAUACAACUACAUCGAGUGUGUUCAAACACAUGAAUGACGCGACAAGUAAUUCAGUUUCGAGUAAUAUCGAGACCAAUAGGAAUCGGACGAUGGAGAGGGUACAUUUUAUUAAAAGGAGCAUCAGCUUGAGCGGCGAGUACGAUUCAUCAGGAAAGGAGAAAGCUCUGAGCAGAAGCGAAUCGUGUAGUCCGGACUUUAGAGUUGAUCGCCUCUGUCGUACACAUUCUUAUGUCAACAACUUUGAUGACGACAUUAUAAGAAUCAAGGAGGACUACGAUGAUUUAUUGAACGAGCUCACUAGUUCCAUGGAGGAGAAACAAAAUUGGGUUAGAAUUAAUAUGAUUGACUUUACGCAUGUCUUCCCAGCAGAGGAUCAAAAUACUCUGGAUUUAAAUUAUUUAGAAGGAAUCGAGAACUUGAUCAAACUUGUGGAGAUGUUCCUGAUCUCUAAGGAUAUCACUGCAUGAACUAUAUGUAUUUAUUGCAACGUAGGAA